AUGGUCGAAGAGGGAAAGUACACGGUGUAUCGUAUUCAAUUAACAGUCGACACGUAUACGUGGACUAUCGAACGAAGAUACAGUGACUUCGAUGCAUAUGAUGUUCAACGAUUCACAGAUCGAAAGAAAUCAUUCCUCCCACCGAAAAAGCGAAUUGGAAACAAAGAUCUUGAGUUCAUCGAAGAGCGACGAAUCGAGUUGGAGAAGUAUGUUCGAGCACUUUUGGAGCUGGAACAAAAUUUUUCGAUUUUCAUCAAUAUGUAA